CCAAAACAUCGGAUCAGCAUCCUAGGCUACAGUAUUUCGAGCAUCGGUUCCCUCAACAUCCAUUACACAGGCCAGACAAGUCUCUAAACUGGGCUCGUACUGAUCGGUUGGAUUGGAAGAGUUGUGGAUAUUGUAGCAACUCUCGGACGCAAACACUGCGAAAAUGACGCUCGCGGAGGAGUUUAAGACGCGGAAUUUUAGUAUCUAUGGACAAUGGAGCGGCGUGCUUUGCAUGUUCCUUUGCUUCGGGCUUGGGAUCGGUAACCUCUUCUUCAGGCCCGUAGUGAUUAUUAUAUUUAGUGCUCUCUGCCUGGCGUCAUCUUUCAUUAUUCUCUUCGUGGAAGUCCCCCUACUUCUGCGCAUCUGUCCGACAUCUGCCAAAUUCGACACAUUCAUCCGACGCUUCACUACCAAUUAUAUGCGAGCUGCAAUCUACCUCGUCAUGAGCAUCGUGCAAUGGCUUAGCCUGCUCAAAGAGCCCACGGGUCUUAUCGCAGCCGCCGUCCUGCUGCUCUUGACAGCAAUCUUUUACUCUCUGGCUGGUCUGAAACAUCAAGAAUUCAUCGGCAGUAAAACUUUGGGAGGCCAAGGCGUCGCGCAAAUGAUUGUCUAAUUGUUAUCUUACGAAUUAUGCGAUGAAUCUGGACAUGUACGCCGUAUGCAAAGUGAGCUGAGGGCGGGCCGCGAAUAAAGCAGCGGUAACACGUAUCGGCAAGCUUACGAUCGCAACGCAUCCGCGUCGAACUGGAAACGGAAAUGGAUUAUUAAUCGUGCGCCUGUGAACUUCAAUAGAUGAGGCUGGCAGCAUGACUCCUUUGAUUUUUCGGAAAGGAGACAAGAAGAGAGAAUUGUGGUUUACGAGUCAAUGUUUGCAUUUCUGUUGUCUGCACUUGUUGCUUUUGGCAGGCGUCCAUCACGAAGAAUGAAAUUAUCUGUACGUGAUGAUUAACUUUUGGCCGAUCAAUCGUCAGUUGAUGCUAGAACGGAAAACAAAAGCCCUAAUAUACUCUAUAUAAUAUUUAUCUGGUCAUCAUUGUCCGAAAGAAGACUUGAACAAGUUUAGGGUGGUGGAGG